ACACUCACGCAUACGCAUGCAUGAUGUCAUGCACAUCCUAUGAUACCUUAGGUGAAUACAUGAUGGGUACCCGGGGAUGGGAUGGUGUGAGAGCUAACAGAGGUGAGCGGGAGAGUGAAUGUGCAGAACUAUGAAAGUGAUUCCAAGGACUUUGCAGGUGUAGGGUGCUGUGCAACGGGGCGUGACGUGGGCGUAUAGAGCAGGGAGAAGGGGGUUUGAUCGAGAUCUCAGACAUCUGAUGCAAUGAUGAACGGUGAAGGAGAUGCUCGAGGCUGACAGAGGCGGCGGGCGACUGAGACUGAGAGCACUACUUCUUGCGCUUGGCGGGCGGCUCCAUGUCCGACUCAGCGUCGAGGGGAGCCGAGCGCGCGGCGGGACCGGAGAUAGAACCGGGCGAGUUGGCAGCUGGUGGGUCGUCGCGCUUGCGCUUACGCGAGGAGGAAAAGACGGCGUUGGCGGCGGCUCGCAGAUCGGCGUCCUUACUCUCGUAUCCGUCCUCAAUCGAGUCAAGAACGUCGUCGAUGAGAUCCAUGAGGGAAGAGACGGCCGCCGGGUGCGAGUCGAUGGCAUGUUGGACACGAUCAGCUACGACGGCCUCAAGCGAGGCAGCCUUUGCAGCCGACAUGGCAGCCGACAUAUAAUGCGACUUUUUCUUGAGCCGGCUCUCUGGCGCCAAGUACAGCACAUAUGAUCUCU